CCACUUGAUUUGUGUGCUAGAAGUAGCAAUCAAGGCAACAGCUUCUUCUUUGGCUCUAGUCAUUUAGUAGUCGUGUUUGUGAGUUGUGACUGUGAAUUUCCAACAAGAUGGAGCAAGAUGGUAUUGGUAAAGCCAUCCGGCUCACACAUGUUCUAGCUGCCUCCUUUGCCGGUUUGAUUGCCGCGGCUGCUGCCUCGCGUUACCGGAAGCAAGAGUCCACGGUGGUGACAGAUGAUAAGAUCAUUCCUCACGUUGAUAGAACAGAAUCUGGUCGUUUGGAAAAGAUAGAAAAGUUCUCCCACUAUGUUGCUAGGCAAAUAGGAUUUGAAGAUGCAAGUGAGGUGCCAGAAUUAUGCAAACUUGCCCAAGAAUAUCUACAAAAAUCCAAAGGAUGUGAUCAAAGCAUCUUUGAAUAUCUUGGCAAUGAAAAGGACUAUGAAUCUCUCUAUGUCAAGUUGGUUAAUGAGUUUGAGAAAUGCAUCCUCAGUUAUUUUGCAUUUCAUUGGAAACAAGCUCCAUUUGUUAUUAGUCAGAUACUGAAAACUGAGUCUCAGCACAAAACGAAGCUGAAAGAAAUUCUAUUGGCAGCUACAAGGAAACAAAGGUUUGAGAGAGUAACCAAGAAUCUGAAGGUGACAAGAGUGUUCUCUACUUUGGUCGAAGAGAUGAAAGUAAUAAAUGGUGGUGUUUCUCAAACCAAAGAAGUCAUGGUCCCCAUGCCCCUCAGUGAGAGGAAUCCAGUUCUACUGUUCAUGGGUGGUGGCAUGGGAGCUGGAAAGAGCACUGUUCUUAAAGACAUUCUUAAAGAAUCAUUUUGGUUGGGAGCAGCUUCAAAGGCAGUGGUUGUUGAGGCAGAUGCUUUUAAGGAGAAUGAUGUUAUAUAUAAAGCCCUUAACUCAAGGGGUCACCAUGAUGACAUGCUUCAAACUGCUGAAUUGGUGCAUCAAUCUUCAACUGAUGCUGCAUCAUCUCUACUAGUGGCGGCUCUAAACAAAGGGCGAGAUGUGAUUAUGGACGGUACCUUAUCAUGGGAACCUUUUGUGGAGCAGACUAUUGCUAUGGCAAGAAAUGUUCACAAACAUAAGUACAGAAUGGGGGUAGGAUAUAAAGUAGCUGCGGAUGGUACAAUUAAUGAAAAUUACUGGGAGCAAGUGAAUGAGGGAGAAGAACAUCAACAAGAGGAAAAUUCUACAGGGGAACUACACUCUCAAAAGCCUUACAGAAUUGAGCUAGUUGGUGUGGUUUGUGAUGGAUAUCUUGCAGUUAUUAGAGGCAUUAGGAGAGCUAUUAUGACAGGGAGGGCAGUGAGGGUGAAUUCACAGUUGCAAUCUCACAAAAGAUUUGCUAAUGCAUUUCCAAAAUACUGCAAACUUGUUGACAGUGCUAGGCUCUAUUGCACAGAUGCUGUUGGUGGUCCACCAAAGCUUAUUGGAUGGAAGGAUGGUGAUCACAAUCUACUAGAGGAUCCUGUAGGUAUCAAAAGCUUGAAAAAUGUAGCAGGUUUCAAUAAUGAAGCUGAUUCCAUCUGUGAACUUUACAAGGAACCUAGCCCAGCAAUGGAACCUGGUUCUGUUUGGAAGGACUUUGUUCUGUCACCUUCAAGGCCAAGUGUUCAGAAAGAGUUGAGGGAAUCCAUUCAAAUAAUAGAGAAGUCCAUCAGAAAAGUGUGACCAAUAUGGCUGCUGCCAGAACCAAGUGUUACUUUCUUAUGAAGUGUGAUAUUAUAAAAAAAAUAUUGUUUAUUUCAACCGUGUGAUUUACUAAGAUAAGAAAGAAAAGUUUUUUUUUUUUUAAUGGGGUUUGGUGUAAAACCAUCACAACAUCCUGAAACUUGUAAAUUGGUACAAAUGAAAAGGUACUGAUCAAAAUGAAGUUAUACACAGAAAAACAAUUUCUAUUGAA